AUGGGUUCACCAAACUUUGAUAGAAAAAGAACCAAGAAAUCUACAACCUGUACUCAGUGUGGAAAAAGUUUAUCGACCAAACAAAGUCUUGAGUAUCACAUGAGAGUUCAUACAGGAGAGAAGCUGUUCACAUGUGAUCAGUGUGGGAAGAGUUUCAGUCAAUCAUCACACCUUAAAGCACACAUGAGAAUCCACACAGGAGAGAAGCCGUUCACAUGUGAUCAGUGUGGGAAGAGCUUCAAACAAAAAGGACAUCUUAAGAGUCAUAUGAAAGUUCACACUGGAGAGAAGCCACACACAUGUGAUCAGUGUAACAAAACAUUUCUAGGGUCAUCAGCCCUGAAGAGACAUCUGAGAGUUCAUACAAAGGAGAAGCCACAUUUAUGUUCUGUGUGUGGAAAGAGUUUUUCACAGCUGUAUAGUUUACAAGAACAUGAGAAAAUUCAUACUGGUGUGAGAGAGUACAUGUGCUUUGAGUGUGAGAAGACUUUUACUACACAGAGCGAUUUAAAAAAGCGCCAGAGAAUUCACACUGGAGAAAAACCUUACAAGUGUUCACACUGUGACAAGAGAUUCAGUCUGUCAUCAUAUCUGAAAACAAAUGUGAAGAUCCACACUGGAGAAAAACCUUACAAGUGUUCACAGUGUAACAAGAGAUUCAGUCGGGCAGAACAUCUGAAAACACAUGAGAGGAUCCACACUGGAGAAAAACCUUACAAGUGUGAUCAGUGUGACAAGAUAUUCAGUCUGUCAUCAUAUCUGAAAACACAUGAAAGGAUCCACACUGGAGAAAAACCUUACAAGUGUUCACAGUGUGACAAGAGAUUCAGUCAGCCAACAAAUCUGAAAACGCAUGAGAAGAUCCACACUGGAGAAAAACCUUACAAGUGUUCACAGUGUGACAAGAGAUUCAGUCGGGCAGAACAUCUGAAAACACAUGAGAGGAUCCACACUGGAGAGAAACCUUACAAGUGUUCACACUGCGACAAGAGAUUCAGUCUGUCAUCAUAUCUGAAAACACAUGAGAUGGUCCACACUGGAGAAAAACCUUACAAGUGUUCACAGUGUGACAAGAGAUUCAAUCAGUCAUCACAUCUGAAAACACAUGAGAGGAUCCACAGCAGAGAGAAGCCGCACACGUGUGAUCAGUGUGGAAAGAGUUUCUCUUUUAAAAACCACCUGAAGAUACACAUGAAGAUCCAUGCAGUGGAGAAACCACAUCACCACAGUCUGAAAUCAUGAUAAGUAGUUCAUCUUACGUGCUAAGAAAAAAUGUCUCUUCUGUGUAAGUUAGAUACAGCCAAAUCUCUCAUCUCCACCUAUAGUUGGUGCUGUUGUUCUGUGGCUGCUGUUGAAUUAUCCAGGUUGUGGAUGAGGAGCGACCACGAAAUGCCUCAUUCAUUCAUAGUUAACCGUUUCUCAAUAUGUGCUCUUGUCUGUACUUGUGUGAAACGUCAUCAGUUGCUGCCCAAGUACUGUUCCGAUUCAAAGUUCACAUCUAGCCAAGUACAGUUCAAAUCCCCAGAUGUGUUCUUGAUCUGCCCCUUUUAUCGAGGAUGCAUCGAGAGGUGACUUGUGCGGACUUGAGACAGCCAGGUAUCCCAGACUGCAUCGCGCACUAACCAGCAAGCAUCAAUAGUAAAGCAGAAAACCUGUGAAAUUUAAACAUAUUACUGUUAUGUCAUGAUAUGUAUAAUUAAGAGUGUUCAGGCAUGUAGGAAUGUACUGGUUUAAAGCUCAAAUUUGUGGUUUAUUGAUAAAAAGAAGCACCUAUUUGGAGUUGUGAGAUCCGGGCAAUCACCGGGCGCUCAGCGCUCAUAUACCCCGCCAAGAACAGUUUGGCUCUGAUGCUGGUUCUCAUGUCUCUGUAGUGGUUAAAUAUAAUUCAUCUUUUGUAAAUCUAAUGGGUGAUCUUUGGUCUCAUUAAUCUAUAAUUUGUUUAACUAAAAGUUUAAUCUCUUAACUUAUAGUUUACUCUUGUAGCCUACUAGAGCGCUGAUUUUGUAUGUUUGACUGAAUCGUUUGUUUUAUUUUUAUUGUAGCUUCUUUUACCUAUUGCUUAUACUUUUAUAAUGGGUAUUUGGCUAUUGUUGGCCAUUAAAACUGACAUUUAACAAAAAGAGUCAGGGUUGUGUUUUAUAUUUGCAGACUAUAUGCACAUAUUUCCACAUGUUUAAUAUUUUUAAAAUGGAAAUGAAAAGUGGAAGAGCUGUGUUUUAUAGUUCAUUUUGUAAUUAUACAUGCAGUGAAGACUGUAACACUCUGCCUAAAUAAGGCAGGCUACGACCGUGCUUCCUGCUUCGCUACUGUUCGGACGCUCUUGCUUACAGCUCUGCGCUCUGCUCUAUUGCUUUUAUAUUUUAUCUCCUAAUUUUAAAUACAGCAAAACAGCACAGUGCUCAAACGACAAAUCUUGGCACCAACAAAGUUUUUAACUGGAAGAAUUGCUACAAAAAAUUCAGUGGUUGGAAUUUUUAUCCAACCAGCCUCCCACUGACGGGAACCAUCAGCUUACAUUCCGGAGAAGGGAAAACACAGCUGCCUACAUCCAAAAGGAUUAGAAAUAAUAUGCCUCCUCUGGUUGAAGAAUCUACCUGCUGCACAAACUGCCACAGACUUCUACAAAGGAUUGCAGUUAUUGAAACAAAGUUACUUGCUAGACUACCAAACCAGACAGAACACACAACAGAGCUUCGUCAUGGACGUCCUCAGCACACAGCCGGUGAGUCCCAUGAAUCUAGUGCUCCUAAACAGACCAUACUGAGUGCCGAAACUGAUCAACAUACUAAUCGAUGGCACAAACAGGGAGCGAGACCCAAAGGCACUCGAGACAUCAGAUUGUCACGAGUAUCACAUUUUGCAGUAGCAUCCUCUACCCCAAACACUAGCUCCCUACCGCUGCCAAUACAUCUGGAGAACAGAUCCCCAAACAUGAUCGGACACAGAUCAAAUCAGCCAGCAGCUAACACCGAUGCUAACUGCCUCUCAAGGUCGAGCAGGCAGCGGCACUCAGCUCAGAGAGCAGCCGAGCCCAGGACUCUGAUAGUGGGUGACUCUAUUAUCAGAAACAUUAGCAGCAGGGAUACAACUACAUGCUUCCUUCCACAAGCAACAGUUUCUGAUGUAAGCAGGGAACUUAAGAGCAUUCUGAUGAAAUAUAAAACUGCAAACCGACUAAUCAUCCAUGUGGGGAAAGAAUGAUAUUCGGAAGGAGCAGUCAGAACUCCUUAAAAAGGAUUUCAAUUAACUUUUUGAAAUACUCAGAAGACUAAAAGUUCAGUCGUUCAUCAGUGGACCACUCCCAGCAAGAGGAACAAAUAGAUUUACACGGUUGCUUGGGCUUAACACAUGGCUGCAAAAAACCUGCAACUUAAAUGGACUGAAUUUCAUCAACAAUUUCAAUCUUUUCUGGAGUCAGAGACAGUUGUUCACACAUGAUGGCCUGCACCCAAACAAACUGGGCUCAAGAGUGCUAAAAGACAAUAUCUACUUCUCCCUCCAUCAUCCUUCAGCAGUGUGUGCAAAUCCACUCGAUCUGAAAGGCACAAACACACCUGGACAGAGUGCAACUGACCACAGGACUUCAUUUCAGCAGCUGAAUGGACAUGCGGCUCACACAUCCCACAAGGACAAUGAUAACACCAUGCAGCCAUAACAACCACUGCUCACGGACACAAUCCAAACUGAGCCCUGCCCACAGAGCUCACCGAUAGAGAGUGACGUAUUAGAACUUCUCCAAGAUUCAGCACCCAAGGACGACUUUCUGGAAAACAGCCAGGGAAGCCAGGACAACAUAUUACAGCCUCCUGUAACACCAGAGCAACAGCCUCUCUCACCGGACACAUUAUCCCUCUCUCCAUCAUCCCCUCUUCUGUGCUUCUCAGAGAAAAUGGAGGAACUGGUCUAUGCUGGAACCAAACUCUGCCAUUCUUUUGCUGCGAGCCCCCAGAUAUCAACGAAAAAGCGACAAGCCCCGAAACCACCAAAGCCUGUGGGCCCAGCUCGGCCUCCCCCUCCUCCUGUGAGAGCUCUUCGGCCCCUGCCACAACGCCAGGGCCCUCACCCUCCUCCAUCUGUUCUAGGUGAACCAAAAACAACUGAUAACAGCUCUCAGUGAUGUGUGUCGUGUCCCCGCUAUGAUAACAGUGACUUUGUCAAAUGUUUACAGAACAAGCGGGAACCCAGUGUGCCUGUUGCUUUCUCUAUUUCUGUUCUAUUAUGUGAUAGAAAGCCAAAGGCCUUCUCAAACCGUUUGGCAAACCCAUUUAAUCUGCUGACUAUUACACGUCAAACUAAGAUUACUGUAGAGACAGAAAGUAAGACUGUUAAGUUAGCACUUUUAAACAUCCGUUCACUUAAAAAUAAAUCACUUCUAGUCAAUGACUUAAUAACCACAAACAAUCUAGAUUUUAUGCUUCUAAAUGAAACAUGGCUUGAAGACAGCUGCAGUUCAACAAUCCCGAAUGAAACGGCCCCUCCUAACUUUACUUUAAUGAGUGUCUGCAGAGCUGUUAGAAGAGGUGGAGGUGUAGCUGCUCUAUUUAAAGAUGUCUAUCAAUGCAAGCAAGUGUCAUUUGGUGAUUACUUGUCUUUUGAAUACUUGGGUAUUGUGUUAAAAGGUGCUCCUCGCAUUCUACUUAUAGUCAUUUACAGGCCUCCUAAAUAUUCUCCAGCCAUUGUUGAGGACUUUACAGAACUGUUAUCAGCAAUUUCCUCAGAGUUUGACUGUUUUGCUAUUACCGGAGACUUUAACAUCCACAUAGAAAAUGCAGAAUCCAAUAUGGCAAAAGAAAUCAUAACUGUUUUGAAUACUAUAGAUCUGACUUAGCAUGUACAUGGACCCACACACAAUCGUGGACAUACUUUAUUUAAUUAUUAGUAAGGGUCUAAACAUUUCAUCCAUUGUCAUUAAGGAUGUAGCACUAUCAGAUCAUUUCUGUAUUUU